UGGCAUUGUCUUAAAAACCAACCCAAACCGCACCACAAAAUUUAUCUGAUAUCUCCAAAGUCCAAAAGCCUUUACCAAAUCAACCAUCGCAAAAAACCGCCAUGGGAGGACUCGACGAAGCUUUUAUCCAAGCUCCGGAACACAGACCAAGAACUCAUCUCACAAACUCCGGUGAUUUCAUUUUCUCCGACGAGAUCCCGACCAUCGACCUCUCCUCCAUCAUCGAAGAUCCCAAUAGCGACAAGACGACGAUUGCGACAGAGAUCGCAGAAGCAUGCGAGAGAUGGGGAUUUUUCCAGGUGAUCAACCACGGCUUAUCGUCGGAUUUAAGGCGUCGAGUAGAGAAGACGGCGGCGGAAUUUUUCGAUCUACCGACGGAGGAGAAGAGGAGAGUGAAAAGAGACGAAGUGAAUCCUAUGGGUUAUCACGACGAGGAACACACUAAAAACGUUAGAGACUGGAAAGAAGUUUUCGAUUUCCUCUUGCAAGAUCCGACGAUUGCUCCGGCGACUCCGGAGCCGGAAGACACCGAGCUCAGAGAGCUCACGAACCAGUGGCCUCAUAAUCCUUCUGAUUUCAGAGAGGUAUGCCAAGAAUAUGCAAGAGAAGUUGAGAAGUUAGCAUUCAAGCUCUUGGAGCUUAUCUCCAUUAGCUUAGGUCUAGCCGGUGAUCGUUUAACGGGCUAUUUCAAGGAGCAAACGAGCUUUCUGCGGUUUAAUCAUUACCCUCCUUGCCCAAACCCGGAGCUUGCGUUAGGCGUUGGACGUCACAAAGAUGGAGGAGCUCUAACCGUCUUGGCCCAAGAUAGUGUUGGUGGAUUACAAGUGAGCCGUAGAUCGGAUGGACAAUGGAUCUCAGUGAAACCGAUCCCUGAUGCUUUGAUCAUUAACAUUGGCAAUUGUAUGCAGGUGUGGACAAAUGACAAGUAUUGGAGUGCAGAACAUAGAGUGGUAGUAAACACAAGCAAAGAGAGAUUCUCGAUACCGUUCUUCUUUUUCCCAUCGCACGAAGCCAAUAUUGAGCCAUUGGAGGAGCUUACAAGUGAAGAAAACCCACCUUGUUACAAAAAGUACAAUUGGGGCAAGUUCUUUGUUUCAAGAAACAGAAGUGAUUUCAAGAAGCUCCAAGUUGAGAACAUCCAGAUUGAUCACUUCAAGGCUUAAUUAAUCACAUUAUGUUCAUUAGCAAAACAUUUCCUAAUAUAAUGUCUAAGGUGUUUGUA